CUAUUUCUGUAGCAGAUUGCCGCGAGCUGUCGUAGCGAGUGCGCGCGUCUACGGAGCGUGCUUAAACCUUCAUAGAGUGAUUUCAAACAUGCGUUGUGCCUUUUGGAUUAUGAGAGGAGUGAAAAAGUAAAUCAACUGAUAUGAAAUGGGCAUUCGUGAACUAUGUUGGGGAAUCUUGUUUGCAGUUCUAGUGAAUCCCUCAGAGAGCGAUUGGCUGAAUUGUGGAAAUAUCACAAGCUGCAAUUGCAAAUGGUCAUCAGGAAAAAAAACGGCAUCAUGCGUUUCAGCCGGACUAACAAAACUACCACACUUGGCCACAGAUAUACAAGUACUAGAUUUACACGGAAAUACCUUAUUAGAGCUCCAGGAAGACGCUUUUGCAAAAAUAGAAUUAUUAAAUUUACAAAGAUUGAAUUUGAGUUUAACAAACUUGAAGUACUUGCAUCAAAAUGCUUUCAGAGAACUGCGCAUUUUAAUCGAAUUAGACCUGUCAAGGAAUUACCUAACAGAACUUUCACCUGACACUUUUAAAGGAAACGAGCGACUAAGGCUACUCGUACUUAAUGACAACCCGUUGAGUAAAUUAGUCGCAGAGCAAUUCCCGACAUUGCAACAUUUAAAGAAACUAGAACUUUCGAGAUGUCGACUUCGCAAAGUUCAUCCCUUUGCCUUUGUCAACCUGCGGGCUCUAGAAACUGUACACGUACAUCAAAACUUACUUUCAUAUCUUCAUCAUGAUACAUUCAACUUACCUUUGUUAAAAACUUUAAUGUUGUCAGACAAUCCGUGGUUUUGUGAUUGUAGGCUUAGAGAGUUCCAUAAGUGGUUUGUUAGGAGUAAUCUUGGUAACGAAGAGGUAUUUUGUACUGGACCAGAGAAAAAGGCACACAUGUCAUGGUUAGAUAUCAGUGAAGGUGACAUGGUUUGUCCACCCUCAGCUUUAUCUAGUCCUUCUGUAAUAAGGACUGAGACUGGAGCGGAUAUAAAUUUUGGUUGCUUUGUCCGGGGUGAUCCAAAACCGACAGUGACGUGGUCCUUUCGUCAUUCUGAAAUAGUUAAUAAAACAUAUAGUGAUAGUGAAGUUUUUAUCUAUAAACAUAGUUUUGAACACUUUGAUGAAUACAUUGAUGACUUUAUAAAUAAAAGUUCGCAAUGGUUUAACGUAUCAAUAAGUAACGUUACAAGUGACUUGGCCGGUGAGUGGCGGUGUAAUGCAAAAAGUCCUGCAGGAGAAGCUAAUGCAUAUUUAACUUUAUUCCUACCUAAAGCAAGAACUGCUACUGCUCGCAGUGCACCUGAUUAUACAAAGUUUUUUAUAGCCAUCGGUGCAGUAUUUGCAAUGGCUUUUACUGGAUUUUUAGCCGCAUGUUUUUGUUGGAAAAUAAAACGCCGAAGAGUACCUCCUAGUAGAAGUUUUACAGAUCAAGAAAAAAAGCUAUUAGAUACAUCAUUAGCUGUAAGUUGUGACCGAACAAGCGCGGAGAUGGGAUCUUCCUACGGUUUUGAAAUGUUUGAUAGGUCCAUGUCCAUGGAAAGUGAAGAUACUCAAAGAUGCUUAGAACCGGUUCAGAUAACUAUAGAAGCACCUUCUGGGCCAUUUCCACCUCCACCAGCAGAAUUUGCAAUACCAGCCCCUUAUGGUAAUAUUUUUAUAUCGGUACAAGUUACCGGACACAAUAAGGAAUAUCCGGACCUUCUCAGUGGCGGCUCAACCUUACCAAGACGUAGUAGAACUUGCUUUUUGAAAUCACCAUAUGAUAAUAUGGGCCCUAGAGUAACAGCCACUGGCAGUUCAACUUGGUCUUUGCCAGGAGCUAAAGGCGAUAAGAAUCUGAAAGAAUCUAUAGCAACUCCUAUGUCAAAAUUUUCUACUGAAUUCACCGCCCUUUAGAAAAUUAUAAUAGUGAUAACCAGUUUAUCUAUAGAGUAUUAGACAAUUUUUAAAACUUUAACAAUUUAGUAAUUGCAUAUAAUUAAAAAAAAACAAUUAAUUAUAAUUUUAAUAAUAAAAUAAUUAUUAAUAUUUUAAUUUUAUUAUUGAACGAAAAUUUAUUAUAACGAAAUAUAAAUGCAAUUAAAAUUUUUGUAAACAUAUCAACGCUUGUUUAUAACUUGUGUUUUUUUACUAUGUGCAAAUUUUAACUAAGUUAAUAAAAUAGUUUAUAUAUAUUACUGUAAAUAGUUAACUUAAUGUAAGCCUCUAAACCAAUCAUGAUUGCUUUAACUUUGACGCAAGGAACAAUAAAAAUUUUACAAACA